AUGCAUCAUCUAAGGCAGCAGUGGUCGGAUUUGAUGGGAUCUAUUGAUGAUCCUAAUCAAUCCUUUACUGAUGAAAAUGUUUGCAAAUAUUUCCUAACCGGCCUAUGCCCGCACGAUCUUUUUGAGAAUGAGAUGGAGGAUUUAGGUAAAUUAGGUCGUAUAGAUCAAUCCAUGGCGGUUUCUGUUGAGUUAACUUCCUUACAAACAAGAAGAGCAAAGUUAUUAUUUAGGAAUGCAGAAGGACAACUUACACAAAGACUUAGGCCUUGUGAUGUAUGCGGAGCAUUACUAUCAGCAAAUGAUACGGAUAGACGUCUUGAUGAGCAUUUCUCUGGUAGAGUUCAUCUAGGGUUUCAGAAAUUAAGAGAUGCACUAAAAAAGAAUCUUGAAUAUAUUGCACAGGCUCCUAUGCCUGAUCAGGACUUGUCUCGUAUUCUUAUCAACAUGCAAGAACAAGAACAAGUGUUUAAGCAGCUACAAGCACAAGAAGGAGAUAACUUCGAUAUAGGGAGUGUCUUUGCUGCAGCACAGAAGACGCAGCAGGAUCUGUUUGGUCUCCAUCAGCAGCAGAAGCAGCAGCAGCAGCAGCAGCAGCAGCAAAAAAAGGAUGCAGAAAAGGAGGAGCAGCAAAGGCUCCAGGAGCAGCUGCGGCAGCAGCUGCUUAAACAGAAGCAGCAGCAGCCUAUACCUGAUUUCCUAUUGAAGCAGCGGCAGCAGCAGCAGCAGCAAACAGAGAGAGGAACAGAUAGAAGGAGCCCUAGUAUAACAAGAGAAGCAUGUCCUGCUGCUGCUGCUAUUGCUGCUGCUGUUGCUAGCCGCAAGGCGGAGAACCCUAGCCGCAGCAGGACCCGCAGCAGGAGCCUCAGCAGCAGAAGCAGCGGAAGCAGUCGCAGCAGCAGAAGCAGUCGCAGCAGCAGCAGAAGCAGAAGCAGCAGCAGAAGCAGGAGCACCAGCAGAAGCAGCCGCGGCAGCAGAAGCAGCAGCGACAGCGGCAGCAGAAGCACCAGCAGAAGCACUAGCAGGAGCAGGAGCAGCAGCAGAAGCAGAAGCAGCAGCAGGAGUACCAGCAGAAGCAGGAGCAGCAGCAGGAGCACAAGAAGAAGCAGCAGAAGCAUCAGCAGGGACACGGAGAGACGCAGCAGAAGCAUGCAAGCAGACAAGCCAGAGCCUGUAGCCACCACCACCAGCAGCAGCAACAGCAGCAAACUGCUUGCUGCAGCAGAGGCAGUUAACAACCGUAAUGGCAACGCCAACGUAGAGAAAGUCCCCGCUAACAGCGUCAACAACUCAGUUAUCAACAGCAAGCCAAGCAGCAGCAGCAGCGGCAGCAGCAGCAGCGGCAGCGGCAGCAGCAGCAGCGGCAGCAGCAGCAGCGGCAGCAGCAGCAGCAAACCCAGCAGCAGCAGCAGCUCCACCUCCACAACGAAAACGAGCAGCUCUAGCAGCAGCAGCAGCAAAACUAGCAGCAGCAGCAAACCCAGCAGCAGCAGUGGCAGCAGCAGCAGCAACAGCAGCAAACCCAGCAGCAGCAGCAGCAGCAGCAGCAAGCCCAGCAGCAGCAGCAGCAGCAAGCCAAGUAGCAGCAGCAGCAGCAGCAGCAGCAAAUCCAGCAGCAGCAGCAGCAGCAAACCCAGCAGCAGCAGCAGUGGCAGCAGCAGCAGCAGCAAACCCAGUAGCAGCAGCAGCAGCAAGCCAAGUAGCAGCAGUAGCAGCAGCAGCAGCAAGCCAAGUAGCAGCAGCAGCAGCAGCAAGCCCAGCAGCAGCAGCAGCAGCAGCAGCAGCAAAUCCAGCAGCAGCAGUGGCAGCAGCAGCAGCAACAGCAAACCUAGCAGCAGCAGUAGCAGCAGCAAAUCUGGGAGCAGCAGUAGCGGCAAGUCUAGCAGCAGCAGUAGCAGCAGCAAGCCGAGCAGCAGCAGCAGUAGCAGCAGCAAGCCGAGCAGCAGCAGCAGCAGCAGCAGCAAGUCUGGCGACAGCAGCGCAAAAAAACGCCCGGCUGAAGAAGAAGGUGGCAGCAGCUCGAAGAAAUCGCGCGAAUCCAGCAGCAGCAGCAGCAGCAGCAGCAAACACAGCAGCAGCAGCAGCAGCAGCAGUAAACACAGCAGCAGCAGCAGCAGCAGCAGCAAACAUAGCAGCAGCAGCAGCAGCAGGAAGCCCGUGAGCAGCAGUGGGCGGCAGCACUAA